GCUGGGCGGGUGCUGCCGUCUCCAUAAUAUAAACUGUAAUCCAGGUGGCGGGUCUCGAUCCUCGGUUGUUACCAUUAUUGUACAGUAUGGCGUCGUUUGUGACAGAAGUACUCGCCAGCUCUGGCAAACUGGAGAAAGAGGACCUGUCCGGUAAAAUCAGCAAAAUGUCACGCAAGGUGGAAGAUACAAAGGAAGAAGUAUGUGAAAUGAUGAACAAGAAGUAUUCAGACUUCCUACCUGGUCUUCAAGGAGCAGAGGACCUGAUGGUACGAGUUGAUGAGGUCUCUAAAGAAAUGGAUGUCCUCAAAAACCACAUUGAAAAUGAGGUGCAGCAGAAUCUACAUGUGGCUGUGACUGAGUAUGCAAAGCUGAAGCAGCAGCUGGAGAGAAACACUGUCAUCAUACAAAUCCUUGGACAUCUAAAGGAGUUUCACAAUGCAAUGGAGGAAUCCAACAAAUCUACACAGGACAAGAAUUUUGUCGAAGCAGCCAAUCAGCUGGAACGGGCAAGGGCCAGUGUGAUUUCCCUGAAGGGCUGGAAGACUUCCCAGCUCCCGCUGCUCAGUGCUCUCAGUUCUGAGUUGACAGUGCAGAGAGAAAAUUUAAUCUACCACCUGGGAGAUGAAUGGAAGCGCCUUGUCAUCUGGAAAUUACCUUCCUCAAAGGAGCCUGCAGGCCCAAAGUCCUUCCUGAAGGUGGAGUUGAAUAUGAGCCAUGCUAGCAGUAAGGACGGUGAACCAAAACCUCCUGCUCUGCUGUGUUCUGUCCUGCAAGCUCUGGCCAUCCAGGGAGACCUUCAGCACAAGAUCAAACUCUUCAGUCAGGUGCUCUUGAAGAACAUGUUGAAGCCGUUAGUGAUGUACCCCUCACUGUCAGUGAGCGUGACUGACCAGCAGGAUGAGGGAAUCGUCCUGGCAUUACAUUGCUUGGAAGAAAGCGACAAAGAGAGAUCAGCUCCCUCACAGGUCUACAGCAAACUGCUCCUGGUGCUCAAGACACUACAUGCACACCUGCUAGACGUGUCCAUUGGGGAUAAAAAGCUGUCUGCCAUUUUGGGAGAGCUGAUUUGGGAGGACAUUUCCCAAUGCAUCAUCCAUGAGUGUCUGCUGUACUCCAUUCCCAGCAACAGCAGCCAGUUGGAAAAAUAUAACACUGUUAUCAAAGAAACCGAGGAGUUUGAGAAGUCUUUGAAGGAGUUGGAGUUUCUGCAGGGCGAUUCCACAGACCUGCUCAAAUAUGCCAGAGAUGUCAACUGUCACUUUGCCAGCAAGAAGUGCAAGGAUGUCAUCGUGGCAGCCCGCAAACUCAUGACCUCCAAGAUGCACAACACAGUUAAAGUAUGUAUCACACCAGACUACAAGCUGCGUCUUCCCAAGCUGCCCGCUCCAGGUCCAGAGGUGAAAGUGAAGCAAGAGACCACAAAUGAGGAGAUGACAAUUGAAAACUCAAAGCAGCUAUCAGCAUGGAGUCUAUGUCUGCCGGCGUGUCGCAUCAGUGAGUCAGUGCAGCAGCUGAUGGAGCUGGCACUCAACACGCUGUUUGAAGCUGUUGGAAGCUCCACAUAUUGUGCAUUACAACUCUUCUACACUGUUCGAAACAUCUUCCAGCUGUUCUACGAUGUUGUACCAACGUACCACAAGGAAAACUUGCUCAAGUUCCCUCACCUGGCUGCCAUCCAACACAACAACUGCAUGUACCUGGCCCACCACCUGCUCACCCUGGGUCACCAUUUCAGAGCUCACCUGCCAGAGCCUCACAGCGAGGGCACUGCAACAUUUGUUGACAUGGUGCCCGGAUUCAAGAAGCUGGGUGCCCGGUGCUUCUUAACGCAGAUGAACGUCCAGAGAGCUGAACUGUUGGAGAGACUUUCCACCGCUCACAACUUCUGCAACCUGGACGAUGAAGACAACUACAUUGCAGCCAGCAAGGCAGUCAGACAGGUCAUCCAUCAGUUGAAGCAGUUGGGCACAGUUUGGCAAGAUGUCCUACCAGUCAGCAUCUAUUGUAAAGCCAUGGGCAGCCUCCUCAACACAGCUAUUACAGAAGUCAUUGCCAAAAUAAUGAUGCUUGAGGACAUUUCCUCUGAGGAUGGGGAGCACCUUCACACUCUGUGCCAAACCAUCAUCGAGGAGGGUCCACUGGUCUUCAUUCCUCUGGCUGAAAAAAACAAGAACAAGAAAUACCAGGAGGAAGUCCCUCUCUAUGUGAAGAAGUGGAGCACCUUCAAGGAGCUGGUUAUUGUGCUGCGGGCCAACCUACAGGAGAUAGUCGACAGGUGGGCUGACGGUAAAGGUCCACUGGCGGUGGAGUUCUGCAGUUCAGAGGUGAAGAAUCUGAUCCGAGCCUUGUUUCAGAACACAGACAGGAGAGCUGUAGCUCUGUCUAAAAUCAAAUAGAAACUUAUUGCACUUUUUCAUGCCUUUUAUUAAUUUCCUUUAUCUGUUUCAUUUAAUAUAUACAUUUAAUUGUAUGUAGGCAGAACAGUUUGCCAGAGAAUUGUUCGCCCAGUCUGAUGGAGGCACUGUCAUUGACGGUCUAAGCUGGUUGUAAUCAAUCUGUGGGAUAAGUUCCUUCUCAGACUUCAAUUAGUCCUACAGAAGAUUACAUGAAUGCUUCUUUACAUCAGCUAUCAGUAUAGCUUGUGGGUUUACCACUACAAAGCCAACUGGGGUUGUGUAACCAGUGGCUCGCCAUCUGCUGACAUGUGAUGUUGCUCCCAUGGUUAACUUGGCUGCACAUUGUUAAUCAAACUUCAUCUGUAGUUUGUUUCAGAGGUCUCAGCUUUUCUGUUCUUAUGUCAUUUCAGGAGACAGUUUGUUUGUUUGAACCUAACUGCCUUUCACAAAUCAUUUAGUUCUAACAAGAAUCCCUGGACCAACUUCUCUUGUACAAGGCAUGAAACUGAACUCUUCUGUAUUGUAUUUAUUGCCUGUCCAAAUUACCAAAAGUUUCCAGCCAUUCAGAAUAAUUUCUAGUCUUUUUAAUGAACAUAGUUUAAUCAAUUUUCCCAGUAAUGUGUGUGUUGGGGGGUUGUAUUGUAGAAAUUGCAAAAGCUUAUAAUCUUACCAAUGUAUGCGUUAAAAUGGACAUUACAGACAAAUUCAAUUAUGACAUGUAAUGUGAGCAUUUGGAGAUUCUGGAUAGAAACAUGCUUAUGGUUUCCCUAUGUUUCCAGUCUAUGCAACGCUAAGUUGAACAUGUUUGCAAGAGAGUGUUAUUGUUCUUCUUAACCAACCCAAGCAAGAAUAUCUACAUCUUUGAAAAGAAAAUACUGAAAAUACAGAAAGAAAUACUUGUGAUUGAUUUCUUCAAAAUGAGAGGAGUAACUUGUGACUUCCACAGGUAACAAAUAACUUAGUUUUGCACUUAUGUUUUUGUACUUGUUUUGUACUUUGUUUUUGACUAAAUAACAAGAGAAAACAUGUCAGUUUAUGAGCUUUAGAGGAGCUGUUUCUGGUCUUUAUUCAAAGCUAAGCUGGCCCACUCCGGGCCAAGUUUCAUACUGUAUGUAUAAAUAAAUUACUGCUUUUCCAAAAUGUUAUAAUAUUUCUUUAAAGGGGCACUGAAAGAAAUGCUUGGUGUAAGAGCUUGGGCGUGUUUAUUUGAAUGCAAAUAAAGGCCUUUCUGGUUUAUUGACUGAUUCUUCAA